AUGGUUUGUAUUUGGUAUUUAUGGUAUGCACGUAAUGUAAAGUAUCAUGAAGGUGGAAAUACAAGUGCUAUGGAAUUAGUUACCUUCGUUCGGGUCCACUAUCAAGAAUUUGAGGAAGCAAACAAGAGACAUCACCCGCUUCCCUCAAAUGGUGAUGAAUGUUGGAAUCCUCCUCCACCCUCUUCGGUCAAAGUGAACUUUGAUGCUAGUUUUGCACAAAAUCUAGAGAGUGGGUGGUCAGGGGUAAUCAUUUGGAAUAACGGAGGUCAGGUAAUGGGAGCGAGCAGGAGAGUAAUACGGAGAGUUACCUCGACGUUUGCAGCGGAGGCUACGACGGCUAUCCAUGUGAUGGAUCUGGCUCUUGAUCUGGGAUUUAACAGUAUAGUAGUUGAGGGAGAUUCAAGAGCGGUAAUCACCAAACUGUCUUCUGUUGAGGAAGAUGCAUCCAAAAUUAGUGCUGUGAUUUAUGAAGGGAAACAACUAACACAGAACUUGCACGCAUGUAGAUUCUGA